CCCUAAUUAAAAAUUGGAGCACCGCCACUCUCUGCUCCUACGGCUAAGCUUAAGCAGAUCAGAUCAGAUCAGAUCAGGUGGAGCCAGACAGAGGGAGAGAUCCGACCCAGUGCGCAAACACUCCACCACCAGGCCACACACAUGCCCCACCUCGCCGCCUCCCCCGCGUCCGCCGCCUUCGCCGUCGCCGUCGCCGGCGGCGGCCGCGCCGGGUUCCGGCCCCCACCCCGCGCGACGACGCGGGCGCGGGCGGCUGCUGCUUCCGGAGCCGCGAGCGCGUACACGGCGAUGCCGGCGCAGCCGCAGCCGACGUUCUACGACCUGCUGGGGAUCUCGGCGGAGGGGAGCAGCUUCGAGGACGUGCGGGCGGCGUACCGGCGGAUGGCGCGCAAGUACCACCCGGACGUGUCCCCCCCGGACGCCGCCAAGGAGCACACGCGCCGCUUCAUCCAGGUGCAGGAGGCCUACGAGACGCUCUCCGACCCCAGCCGCCGCACCACCUACGACCGCGCCCUCGCCCGCGGCGUCUGCCGCCUCGCCUUCUCCCCGGCCGCACGGCGCCACGACGCCUCCGCCUUCUACCACCAGGAGCAGGAAGAGAAGUCUGGAUGGAGGACGUCCUGGGAAGGCCAAAUAUCCGAGCUGAAGAAGCGGAGCACGGUGAAGGACGCAGAAGAGAACCUAUCCUGGGGAGCUCAGAUGCGAAGAAGAAGGGCCGAACAGUCGUGACAUCGAUCCUCUGACACGCCAUACGCACUAGCCAUCCGUAGCAUCUACUAAACUGUGUAUAUCUUCGAGUAGCAAAGUUAGAAAGGUUAUGAUUAAGAAGCAUGGUUAGGAUCGGACUACAGCAGCACUAGCUCAACGAUGUCACAAUUUGAGUGGGUUCCAGGCUGCAUGUAAACCUCAACGAUGUCGCUCCUCCUUGAAUCUUUGCCUGAUGAAAUGUAAAUAUAAUGAGACAGAAGUAAUCAAAUCUAGCUGUACUACGAACUGACGAUUUGACCAGUGGAAUUUUCUUGAGGUGA